AUGGCGUCUUUAUCUUCCUCCUCCUUCCCGGCCCUUCCUCUCCUCGUCCUCCUCUUCCUCACCAUCGCUGUGGAGUCCAGACCUUCAUCUCAGAGAGACAACUCACAGGUCCUCCACUCUCUGUUCGGCUCUCACCUCUCCUCUCUCAUCCUGGCCCCUCCCACCUCUGAUGACAUCACAGAGGGCUCAGCUGGACGCCCAGCUCCCUCCACCUCGUCUCCAUUUAAGGGAGUGGCCGUGAGUCGUGGCGCCGCAAGAGGAUUGGCCGGCAGACAGGAGGCGGUCCCUCGGUUCUUCAUGGACUUCCUGCAGCGCCAAUCCAAGAUGAGGAAGCGGAGCAGGAAGUCGAUGGUCGGAGGCAGAGGAUGCUUCGGGAUGAAGAUGGACCGCAUCGGCUCCAUCAGCGGGUUGGGCUGUUAGAGACAUGUGUUACCAUGGCGACAGCUUUGUCCUACGACUGUUGUGGUAGAUUUUACCGCUGUGUAGACUGACUCUCUCUGAGAAAGCUUCAGGACAUUUGUGAUGUCACAACAGGUGACUCCAGUCUGACCCACCAUGACCUGUGACAGUGGGACCGCCCGGUCCACCAGUCACAGACUCCAUGUUUGACGUGCACUAAUGAAGGAAUACAUUAACGGAGACGUUCUCCUGCUGUAGUGACGUAGACACAGGUAGACGUAAACAGGAAGACAUCAGGGGACAAGGAAGCUCCUCCUUCUCCUCCUAUCAGAGCGCUGGCUCUUCACAGCCAGCAGUGUGUGUGUGUGUGUGUGAGAGACGACCAUGUGUCCAACAUGAAGAUGUGUGUUUGUGUGUUUUUAGACAAACUGCUGGUUACAGCAGGAAGAAAAUAAAAGAGAAACUCCAUCGGG